AUGUUAGUAUUAUUAAUAAGUCUUAGAAGCACUAUUUGCUUCGAAGAUACAUCUCCUCUUAUAUUUUUUACAACUUACAAAACACAGCCAGAACCUAUAUAUCCUGAUUAUGUAUCAACAACACUUUCUGGACAUGCUUUUCAGUCAUUUGUUAGAUCAUCUAUUGACUGUAAAUCUACGUUUUAUAUUAUUGCAUUGCAGCCGGGUUUGCAUGCAGAAGAUUUGAAACAUGAUGCAAUGCCAUCAAUGAAGAUGUCUUUAAAUAAAGCAGAAGAAAAGCUGGUUAUUCCAUAUGGAUAUGGUGGUAUGGAUUUGGAUGAUGUUAUGGAAUAUAUUGUCGAAAAAUGUAAUGCUGAUCGUAUUUUAAUUGAUGCACAAAGUGGUUCUUAUCCAUUGUUAGAUGGAAGUGGUAAGAAAGUAUUAUAUGUUCAAUUCCCGCCUCUUAAAGGGCCUAUAAUGGAGCGAUGGGAUUUAUUGAAACACCAUGAUGUUUUUCUUCAUUAUCUUUUAUCUUCUUUCCCAUAUGGAUCAGAAUAUACUAUGAUUUAUGUAUCUACACCUGGAUUAACAAUGGCUCAGCAUCGAGAUAUUUCAACUGAUAUGCCUCCAGUAGUUCCCCUUAAAUAUAACCCUAAGCAAUCUAAAGGAUUAUUUUCUAAAUACGAGUUUUUUUCUGAAGGAGUUUAUAUGAUUUGGAUGGUUUUGCUUAUUCUUUUUCCUAUUCUUGUAAUUGCUUUAAUGGCAAUCUCUUCAAUAAAAAUAUCUUAUGGCGCAUUUGAAUUAAAAAAGGAUGUUAUUAAAAAAAAUAAAUAG